UUACACAUAAAGUAACCAUUUUUGAGUUGGUAUAAGGCUUUUAAUGCUUAUGUAUAGUACAUGUUUUCACAGUGUACUAUUAUUGUGUUCAAAUGUAAUUAUUAGUAUUUGGUUGCAGAAUUUAAACUCAGUGUUAUAAAGGAUCAAACUUUUUGAUUAUGUGAUGUGUGAAGAGGAAAUACUCAAAUGGGUUUUUGAAUUGAAACACUACUCAAUGAGAUAUUUGAAUUAGAAAAAAAAAUUGUUUUUUUUUUGUUUGUUUCUUAGUGGGUAUCUUUCACACAUUGUUAGAAGCUUUUGGAAGUGCUUUUUCUACGUUUGGAGAGAUUGUUAUUGGGUGAGUAAGUGCUUUUUGAAUUUAAGCUUAAAAAAAAAGUUAGUUAUGGGAAAAGCUAGUAGAUGGUUGAAGAAUUUCUUAGGAAUGAAGAAGGAGAAGGAGAAAGAGAAAGAGAAGGAACAUGUUGAUGUUGAUUUUAAUUCAGGUUCAUUGACACCUAAUAAGACUAAGAAAGAGAAGAAAAGAUGGAGUUUUGGAAAGCAAGGGAAGAGUUUAGAUCCUAACAUUGCUCCAACUUCAGCUUCUGAUUCUGAUUCUGCUUGGCUUAGAUCCUAUAUGGCUGAUACUGAGAAUCAGCAGAACAAACAUGCAAUUGCUGUUGCGGCGGCCACGGCCGCCGCUGCGGAUGCAGCGGUGGCCGCGGCGCAGGCUGCCGUGGCGGUUGUGAGGCUGACAAGUGGUAGAGGUACAUUGUUUAGUGGAAGUAGAGAGAAAUGGGGUGCUGUAAAGAUCCAAACUUUCUUCAGAGGCUAUUUGGCAAGAAAAGCUCUUAGAGCAUUGAAAGGAUUGGUGAAGAUACAAGCACUUGUUAGAGGCUAUCUUGUUAGAAAAAGAGCUGCUGCAACUCUUCAUAGUAUGCAAGCUUUAAUUCGAGCUCAAACUUCGGUCAGAACGCAAAGGGCUCGUCGAUCCAUGAGCAAGGAAAAUCGGUUUCUAUCUGAAAAUCUUGCAAGAAAAUCUCUGGAACGAUACGAUGAAACACGGAGCGAAUUCCACAGCAAAAGAGUACCAACAUCUUAUGAAACACCAUUGAGUGGAUUUGAAGAAAGUCCAAAGAUUGUCGAAAUCGACACAUACAAAACCAAAUCAAAAUCUCGAAGAUUCUCCUCAACAAUGUCCGAAUACGGAGAAGAAUUACCACCGUGUCACGCAACAAUUUCCUCACCUCUUCCAACCAGAAUCUCACUUCCCGAUCAUCGAAACCAUCAACAACAGCAAGACUUUGAUUGGUAUUUCAACAAUCUCGAAGAGUGUCGUUACCCAACCACACAUAACACGCCCCGUUUCAACCAUUCGUCUUCAACGCUACCGCCAAACACACCAUCAAAAAGUGUUUGUGGCGGCGAAACCACUUUCUAUAGACCCUAUUAUUACUCGAAUUUUCCGAAUUACAUGGCGAAUACACAAUCAUUCAAGGCAAAGUUAAGGUCUCAUAGUGCUCCUAAACAAAGGCCAGAAGUUAAGAAAAGGCUUUCACUCAAUGAAAUGAUGGCUGCAAGAAACAGUUUAGGUAGUGUUAGAAUGCAAAAGCCACAAUCAUCCAAUUUACAGACACAACAAGAAGAAGAAUCAUGGAAUUUUUGAGAUUCUUAGUUAUCAAAUUAUGUUAUAAUGUUAUAGUUAGUGUUUUUGAAUUUGUUUUUUUUUUUUUUUACUUUCUCAUUUGUGUUUGUGUACAUUCUUUUAAAGAGUUCUUUUUUUCUUCUUUGAA